AUGGAUACGAUCAUGGAAAUUCCACCGGAGAGCUCAUUUGAAGUGCUAAAUUCACAACCAAGUGAGAAGGACCCCAAGCCAGAUCUAAUUGGUGGCCCACGUCCUCCGGUUUACAUUGUCAAUCUCGACCUCCCUCCCCGCCAAAGAUACCAAGAGAUAGGAAAAGACUUCAAAGACCAAUUCCUCGAAUUAACCCCUCUCUUUGACAGCAUACUCGCCACCCUUCCGUAUAACAAAUUAAUAUCCUUCAUUGCUCGAGUCAUCCUUCGUCGGGUUCACAACUCUGAAGAACAAGAUGAAAUCAAAGGACUGGUGGAUGUUACUGGCAUUCCGUUGUUCCUCAUGAUUGCAUUUAACAGCUUUUUGGAUACCUUCAUGGGCUGUACGUCUGGUGCAGUACGGUUAGCGGAGAAUCCACAUGCCACUGAGCCUUCGAGCGAAGAUAGAGACAAGAUGGUUCAUUUUCGGACUUUGGACUGGAGUAUGGAUGAGCUACGGGAUUUUAUCAUUCAGAUCGAUUAUCAAAAGGAGGGGAAGACGAUUGCGCAUGCGAUUACGUAUGCUGGAUUUGUAGGCGUACUAACUGGAGUUCGGAAGGAUUUGAGUGUAUCCUUAAACUUUCGACCUACAGCAGAUGAGGAUACCCCGCGUGCAAAAGUCGCUUAUCAUAAGCUGCUAGUUCUGCUCGGGUUCCGCCCAUCUGUAUCCUCACAACUUAGAUCAUUUCUCCUCCCGAGAGGUAAAAAAAAUCCGCCAACAUUUGAAGAAAUUCUACAGGAGUUCGCGAAGACACCAUGCACCCCUGCUUAUGUAACCUUGUGUAAUGGUUCGCAAGCGGUGUUCAUAGAAAAAGAUAUCCGCCGUGCAAAAAUGAACAUUUCAGAGGAUUUCAUAUCCGGUACAAAUCAUGAUACCCACACUGAAGCUUGGAAACCUGAAGAUUACAAAGGAUUCGCUCUACGGACUGAUGCAGAUGCAGUCGGAAUGGCCCUUGAACUUCUCGAAGAUAGUCAACAUCGCAAAACCUGCAUAACUAGGUUAUACGAACAUACUAGUCGUCCUAUUCCUAAGACGUUCCGGAGGCGGGGCCGCAGGAAGGCCGAAGGAGGUAUUGGUAUGAGUAAUGUGGUUACGUGGUGCCAGACUUGGCCGAUAACAAACGAGUGUACACAUUUCUCUUGUGUGAUGGAUCCAAAGGAAGGAGAGAUCAGUUGGGUUAAGUAUCAUCCGGAGCCACCGGAGUCCGGGGACUAG